AUGGCCGUGCUGCUCGUGCUGGCUCACGCUGCGACGUCGACCAGACCGGAGGAGAAAACCCUCGUGUGCGGGCAAACCGACAGCGAGUUUGCGACGGCCCACAUCGCCUGUCCACCCAAUACGGUGAUCGUGCAGAUUCCAUUCGCUGCGUACGGCUUGCCUGGCGGUUUAUGCCCGCACUACUUCUCAAGCUCCACGUGUGACGCAAAGACCGCCCUGAGCGUUGUGGCCGGCCAGUGCCUGGGGCGCAACAACUGCUCCGUGCAGCAGAACGGACUGGGCCAGAUGGGCGAUCCCUGCUACGGCAUCCAAAAGCGCCUGCGCGUGGUCGUCCAGUGUGCGCCCGAACCCAAGGCGCCGCUGCCGUCACUUGCGCCCUCCCAAGGCAGCUACGUCUGUGGGUCCUCAGACCGCGAGUACGCGCGUGCUACCAUCGACUGCCCUCCCGGUUCGGUCGUGGCGGCCAUCCCGUUCGCCUCGUACGGUCUGCCCACCGGCAGCAGCUGCCCAGACUUCGCCGUUAAUGCCCGGUGCCACUCCAACUCGACUAUGAGCGUCGUGGCCGGUCGCUGCCUCGGCCGCGGUCGCUGCUCGAUCCAGCAGGACGGAUUCAAUGGUCCCAUGGGCGACCCCUGCUUUGGCGUCUCCAAGCGCCUGCGUAUCAUCGCUCAAUGUGCGCCGGCACCCUCCGCGACGCCCUCCGUCUCCUCGCUGCCGUCGCUGGCGCCCUCCAGCCACUACGUCUGUGGUGCCACGGACAGCGAGCGUACCUGGACCCACAUCAGCUGUCCAGCUGGCUCGACGAUCGUCGGAGUCCCGUUUGCCGCGUACGGCACGCCCACCGGCAGCUGCCCCAACUUCGCCGUCGACCCGGGCUGUGACGCCAGAGGGACGAGGGAUCUGGUGGCUAGCCUCUGCGUGGGACGUAGCAGCUGUUCGGUCCAACAGGACGACAGCGGCGUUCUCGGGGAUCCUUGCAUUGGCGUGCACAAGCUUAUGCGCAUCGUCGUCCAAUGCGCUCCCUCGCGCCCUCUCGCCAGCCCGUCUCCCUCCGCGUUGCUCUCUCCGACAGCUGCGUCGCCCUCGCCCGUUGCACUGCCCUCUGCCUCGCCCCAGCCCGCUGCCGGCAGCUUCGUGUGCGGCGCCUCCGACGUUGAACACCAAUUCGCUCAAGUGAACUGUCCUGCCAACUGGGUGGUCGGAGCCAUCUCCUUUGCCUCGUACGGUCUGCCGACGGGCGUCUGUCCAUGCUACAAGGCGGAGACUUGGUGCGACGCCCGUGAGACCGUGGCGUACGCCACCAGCCUGUGCCUCGGCCGCAACAACUGCUCCAUCCAGCAGAACGGAUGGGGUCCUCUCGGCGACCCGUGCCCCAACAUCUUCAAGCGCCUGCGCGUGGUCGCUCGCUGCAUUCCGCCCGCCCAACAGGAUCAGGAGGACGUCCCUGCGCUCAAUGAAGGCGGCGCCGGCAGCACAGAAGCGGCUCCCUCGCCCUCGCCUCCUCCUGCGCUUGUGGAGAGCCUGAAGUGGCUUCCUCGCUCCAUGCUGGAGGCGCUUCUUUGGUUGGCGUGA